AUGGAUUCUUAUCUAUCUAUCUAUCUAUCUAUCUAUCUAUCUAUCUAUCUAUCUAUCUAUUUUCCAGUGGUCCCUAUCUAUCUAUCUAUCUAUCUAUCUAUCUAUCUAUUUUCCAGUGGUCCUUAUCUAUCUAUCUAUCUAUCUCAGAUUAUCCCCGUCUCUCUUUCAUUCAUAGCUAUCCUUCUAAGUAACCUUUCUGACAUACAUCUAUCUAUGUCAUCCUCUUCAUAUCUAUCUAUCUAUCUAUCUAUCUAUCUAUCUAUCUAUCUAUCUAUCUAUCUGUUUCAGUCUGUUCAUAUCUAUCUAUCUAUCUAUCUAUCUAUCUAUCUAUCUAUUUCAGUCUGUUCAUAUCUAUCUAUCUAUCUAUCUAUCUAUCUAUCUAUCUAUCUAUCUAUCUAUCUGUUUCAGUCUAUCUAUUAUCUAUCUAUCUAUCUAUCUAUCUAUCUAUCUAUCUAUGUUAUCUGUUCAUAUCUAUCUAUCUAUCUAUCUAUCUAUAUCUAUCUAUUUCAGUCUGUUCAUAUCUAUCUAUCUAUCUAUCUAUCUAUCUAUCUAUCUAUCUAUCUAUCUAUCUCAAUUCUAUCUAUCUAUCUAUCUAUCUAUCUAUCUAUCUAUCUAUCUAUCUAUCUGUUUCAGUCUGUUCAUAUCUAUCUAUCUAUCUAUCUAUUUCAGUCUGUUCAUAUCUAUCUAUCUAUCUAUCUAUCUAUCUAUCUAUCUAUCUAUCUAUCUAUCUAUCUCAUUCAAUUCUAUCUAUCUAUCUAUCUAUCUAUCUAUCUAUCUAUCUAUCUAUCUAUCUGUUUCAGUCUGUUCAUAUCUAUCUAUCUAUCUAUCUAUCUAUCUAUUUCAGUCUGUUCAUAUCUAUCUAUCUAUCUAUCUAUCUAUCUAUCUAUCUCAUUCAAUUCUAUCUAUCUAUCUAUCUAUCUAUCUAUCUAUCUAUCUAUCUAUCUGUUUCAGUCUGUUCAUAUCUAUCUAUCUAUCUAUCUAUCUAUCUAUCUAUUUCAGUCUGUUCAUAUCUAUCUAUCUAUCUAUCUAUCUAUCUAUCUAUCUAUCUAUCUAUCUAUCUCAUUCAAUUCUAUCUAUCUAUCUAUCUAUCUAUCUAUCUAUCUAUCUAUCUAUCUAUCUAUCUAUCUAUCAUACUCUUUUUAUUAUAUAUUUAUGAUGAGAAACAUUAUUUCUUAUAUCUUCUUUCUUCUUCUACACCCUUCUUCUUCUUCUUCUUUCUUCUUCUUCUUCUUUCUUCUUCUUAUCUCUUCUUCUUUCUUCUUCUCUCUUCUUCUUCUCUCUUCUUCUUCUACUUCUCACUUCUUCUUCUCUCUUCUCUCUUCUCCUUCUACUCUCUUCUUCUCUCUUCUCCCUUCUUCUACUUCUUCACUCUUCUUCUCUCUUCUUCUCUCUUCUUCUACUUCUCUCUUCUUCUCUCUUCUUCCUCUUCUUCUCUCUUCUUCUUCUACUUCUCUCUUCUUCUUCUUCUUCUCUCUUCUUCUUCUCUUUUCUUCUUCUACCCUCUUCUUCUCUCUUCUUCUAUUACUUCUCUCUUUUUAUCUCUUUCUUCUCUCUUCUUCUACUUCUUCUCUUCUUCUUCUUCUUCUUCUACUUCUUCUCUUCUUCUUCUUCUUCUAUGUGCCGUGUCCCUUCAGACCUCUCAACGGUAACCGUUUUCUUCUUUUUCAUCUGUCAAAAUUCUCCGCUUCAUUCUCCUCAUCCGGGUUCUGUUUCUUCUUGGUCCAUCCUCUUGUUCUUGUUCUUCUUUUUGUUGUUGUUGUUGUUAUUCUUCUUCUUCUUCUUCUUCUUCUUCUUCUUCUUCUUCUUCUUCUUCUUCUUCGUUCACUAUUUUAUUUCUUAUUCUGUCUGUUGCCGUUUUAUACUUCCUGCCCAUUACUGUCUUCUUCUUCUUUUCUUUUUCUACUACUUUGCUUCUUCUUUUCUUCUUCUUUUUCUUCUUCUUUGCUUCUUCUUUUUUCAUCUUCUUUUCUUUUUCUUUUCUUUUUUCUUCUUCUUUUUCUUAUCCUAGAUGUCGUCAUCUUUCAUCUGUCAUCCCAUUAUUCACUUCGUCUUCACAUAUUUCUCCUUCACCGUCUCCAUUUUUCUUGUAGUCCAGAUGACCACAAGCAUUUUUUUCUUCUUUGUCAUUUUUUCCUCUUUCUUCUGUCUCGAUAUUUCUUUCUCUUCUUUUUAUUUUUUCUUCUUAAUUAUUUUUCUUCUUCAAUUUGUUUCAUCUCUUCUUCAAAUAUUUCUCUUUCAUCCUCUUUGUUUUUCUUUUUUUUCUUUAUCAUAUUUUUACUUCCAAGUCGAAAAGGAGCCGGAAACCCAUAUCUAUCUAUCUAUCUAUCUAUCUAUCUAUCUAUCUAUCUAUCUAUAGGGAGCCGUAGCACCUAUCUAUUACUGCAGGAGUCCUACAGGAAGGAACACUUGCGUCUUUUCUUUUCAUCGUCUGUCUUGAAAAAAGCCCUAGAUGAGAACUUGCAGCUUGUCUUCACUUUCACUAAACGAAAAGCAGACGCUAUCCAGCCGAGAAGAUCACUGAUACUGACUACGCUGACGACCCAGCGAUACUGA